AGCAAACUAUAAAUCCAAUGUUUGUAAAGUAAUCUUUUAGUUAUUUUAAUGUACUUGGCAGCACUUCCAAAUUUGGAAAAGUUCAUUUGUCAAAUCUGACAAAUGGCGGCAUAUGUUAAAAUUUAUUUUCAUAACUUGGGCAAGUUUUGUUUUGUAUGAUGUUUAAAACUAAUGCAGUUCUUACGUUGCAAUUCGGUAAUUUCACGAAUUUUAUUGGUUCCCAUUGGUGGAAUAUACAAGAAUCUGGUUUUAAUUAUGACGAUAAUGGUCCCACUUCUGAUAUUGAUAAUGAUGUCUUUUACAGAGAAGGAGUUAACUUAAAUCGUCAAACUACUUACACUCCUCGUUUGCUCUUAGUGGAUUUGGAUGGCGCUCUUAAGCAUUUGCCGCGUGAAGGAGAACUUUAUGGCAACUUUAAGCGUCCAACAAAAAACGAAAAUACAGACGACGAGGAUGUAUCUGUCAAGAAAUUGAAAGAUAAUAUAAAUUGGCCAGACAAUGUGGAAUUAUGGGAAAAGUCAGAAAUUGAAAAAAAUUCAUUUCAAAAAGACUUGGACAAUCCAGAGGCAUCCAUAGAAAAAACUAAUUACAAUUUAGUUGAGAAUGUGGAGUCAUGGGCUGAUUUUUUGUAUGCGCGCUACCAUCCACGGACCGUAAAUGUUGUGAACAAUUUUAAACAUUCAGUAGACAAGCAAACUUUUGAUACAUAUUCUUGUGGCGUUGAAUUGUGGAAGACUGAACAGUUUAGUGAUGACUUUUGUGACAAAAUACGGCAAUAUGUGGAGGAGUGCGAUUAUUUGCAAGGAUUCCAAACAGUUUUUGAUUGUUAUAAUGGAUUUAGUGGCUUGGCCUCUAAAUGUUUGGAAUAUAUAAAUGACGAAUACACUAAAGCUAACUUUGUUGUUCCUGUUUAUUCACCUAAAAAUAUACUUUUCGAAAACGCAGAUGAACCUAUGUCUGACUCCAUACGGGUUGUGAAUAGUGCCUUAGCUUUUAAUGCACUUACAGAACAAGCAUCUAUGUUUAUGCCAAUCAGUACCCAAGAUCGCGUUUGGCGUCAAUUAGGCAAAUCUCGAGAAAUAUCAUUAGUAAACUAUCGUUCCGAGAACUACUAUCAAACAUCUGCUAUAUUAGCUGCUUGCCUAGAUACAAUAUCAUUACGUUAUCGUUUGAAGGAUGCACCAGCUUCUAAUUCACUUGCUGGUUUCUGUGGCGACUUAACAAACUAUGGUCGGAAAUUGGUAGCAGCAGGAUUUGCAAUGCCGUUUCAAAUGCAACAAGACGAAGACUUGAUUGAUUGCCUAGAUAGAUUUGAGGGCCCACUGUUUACGCAACUAACACCGAAUUGCACAAUUGGUACAGAUUACAUAAUACAAUCCAUGUGUGUUCGUGGUAUUCCGAAUAAUCGUCUGAAACGUCCACUUGCAAUGGCAAAAAAACAAAUGCGUAUGGCUGCAUAUAAAUGUGAUAGUGUGUCUGAGAUGUUCCAACUUUAUUUGCAAUGUAGUCAUCAUGCUAGCCUGGCUCAUGUUAGUUCACUAUCAGCUCCAAUGCCUACACGCGUUCCUUUUCCAUGCGAAAUAUUUAAUGAGUCUCUGAACAACAUGGGUUUUAUUUCAACAGCAACGGAAAGUGUACCAAGGGAAAAGAUAAUAUCUGUGCCAACACUAGCAACGGUACAGUGUUCCAGUGAGUUAGGGAAUACAGUGGACACAUUGCAUCGUGAAGCCAAACGAAUUAAAAUUGCAAAAUUGCAUCGUUUUAAAAUGUCGGGGUUGGAAGAGGAAGAGUAUGUCGAUGCUUUAGAAAAUUUGCUACUUUUCAAAGACAAUUACGAUGACAACUUCGAGUUGUAGCUGCGCAUACAAGGUCAGACAAAAAUUAUUUUACUAGAAAUCUUAUAUUUCUUAAAAGUAUAUAUAUAAUUAUUUAUUAUUAAGUUUUCCAAGCUAA